AUGGUAUCCAGUCUAAAAAAGGUUGAUGGUUAUAAGUCUCCUGUGUACACGACACCAUUUUGUCCCAGAAAUGAAUCAGAGUGGAAGAAGAGAUCGUCAAUUCUUAACUGUAACAAGACUAAUGGCUACACGUGUUUACCAAACGAAAAUCUUUCGGAGCUCUUAGAAUUCUGUUACACAACACCUUUUAUAUGGAUUCAGGGAGGUGUUUGUUUAUAUCUAAAAAGAAAAGGUUUUCAUGUUGAUGCAUACAGCUGUAGCAACUUCACAGAUGGAUGUCCCAGUGCCUCUCAUCAAAGCAUAAACAUCUUUGAAUACCCAGCUUGUAUAUCUAUUGGAAAUGGUUGUUUCCUGGCCGAACAAUCUUGUAAAAGUUCUCAAAACACAACUCAACGUAUCAAUACAUCAGGAAAUGAAAAAAUCGACUGGCUCUGGGUCGGGAUAGGGAUAAGCAUCAUUUUCAUUCUUUGUGUUUCAUCCUGUAUGCUAAACCUCUACUGUAAAAGAAAAUUUCCAAUUUGCAAAAGAAGCACUGAUAUAGAAAGUGCAUCAAAUAAAUUGGAAGAAAGAAAAUCACUUAUUACAGACACAACAAAUGAAAAAAUGGAUUCAUCUAACGAAAUUUGCAAAAUACGUAUUGAUGGAAAAGGUGUAGCUGAAUUAGAAGAAAAACAAUCACUUGUUACAAACAAUGAGACGGAGAAAAUGAAUUCUUCUUCUGAAGAAUCACCACUUGAAAAGGCCAUAUUUGACCAAUGGACAAAGGAUGAUUUUAAUUUUAUUUCAACUAAGGCAUGUGAAGAAGUAGAAAAAAUGAUUAAAACAAAGAACCUGGUUAUUGUGGCUGGUCAUUCAGGAUCCGGAAAAUCGGCCAUUAUUCAACAUAUUGCGCUCCAAUACAGAGAAAAGGGUUGGAUCAUAAAACGAGUAAAACGUGCAGAAGACAUCGUGAAUGAAUAUUUUUCAAGUCAAUUGCAAGGGAAUAGAACCAUGUGUGUAUUAAAUGAUCCGUUCGGAAGAGAAUCUUUUGAUGAAUUAUUGAAUAAUUCGUGGCAAACAUAUGAAGAAGAAUUAAGGUUAUACUUAGAGAAAGCAAAACUUAUGAUAUCGUGUAGAAACCACAUUAUUUCCGACACGAGAUUGACACGUUAUUUAGCUAAUCAAUCACAUAUCGUAGACAUCGAUGAUAAAAAAAAUAAAUUAUCCUUUGAUGAAAAACGGCAGAUUUUGACAAAAUAUACAUUUGGUAUGAAUUUACCUAAUAAAGAUUGGGAUAAGAUUUUUGGAGUAGAAAAGUAUUUUCCGUUAUUGUGUAAAUUAUAUUCUUUCCAAGAGGAUAACAAAAAUACAGGUAUAGGUCCUCUCAACAUAGCUUGUGUAAACGGUCAUGAUAGCACUGUAGAACUUUUACUAAGUAAAGGAGCAGACAUUAAUUUAUGUAUGGAGGACAAAGCCAGUCCUCUUUCUAUAGCUUGUCAAAACGGACAUGAUAGCAUUGUGCAACUUUUACUGAGUAAAGGAGCAGACAUUGAUUUAUGUAAGGAAAACGGUGCCAGUCCUCUUUACAUAGCUUGUAAAAACGGUCAUGAUAGCAUUGUACAACUUUUACUGAGUAAAGGAGCAGACAUUGAUUUAUGGAAGGAAAACGGUGUCAGUCCUCUGUACAUAGCUUGUAAAAACUGUCAUGAUAGCAUUGUACAACUUUUACUGAGUAAAGGAGCAGACAUUAAUUUAUGUAUUGAGGACAAAGCCAGUCCUCUUUAUAUAGCUUGUCAAAACGGGCAUGAUAGCACUGUAGAACUUUUACUGAGUAAAGGAGCAGACAUUAAUUUAUGUAUGGAGGACAAAGCCAGUCCUCUUUCUAUAGCUUGUCAAAACGGGCAUGAUAGCAUUGUACAACUUUUAUUGAGUAAAGGAGCAGACAUUAAUUUAUGCGAGGUUGGCAAGGAGAUGUACAUUGUCAACAGAGGGAGAUUACACGUGGUAGGCGACAACGGGAAAACGGUGCUUGCUACCCUCAAGUCGGGGAGUUACUUUAAGGAAAUCAGCAUUCUAAAUAUGGGUACUUCCGGUAACCGACGGACGGCCUCUGUUCGCUCCGUGGGCUACUCGGAUUUAUUCCGGCUGUCCAAACAGGAUCUCUGGGAUGUCCUUAAAGGAUAUCCCGCAGCUCGGGAAACUCGCACCUUCUACUUUGGGAUCACCCGAAUCUCUAUCUAUACGAGUAGAAGAUACAAUAUGAAAGCCAACUUUCAUUGA